AUGAACGAUCUGUUCUCUGGUUCUUUCAAGAACCAUGCAGACGGCGACAUAGAGUCGGGGGAAGGCACCGGAAAAGAGACAAUCAACCUCGACAAAUUCUUCGAGGAUGUAGAUAAGGUACAAGAUGACAUGAAAGAGGUGGAUAAGCUUUACAAGAAGCUUCAAGAGGUAAAUGAGGAAACAAAAACCGCCCACAAUGCCAAAGCCAUGAAAGAGCUCCGUGCCCGCAUGGACUCCGACGUAUCCCAGGUUCUGAAACGUGUCAAAAUCAUCAAAGGUAAGCUCGAAGCGCUUGAGAAGUCCAAUGCCGCGCACAGAGGGAUUGCAGGGUGCGGUCCAGGGUCGUCGGCUGACAGAACCAGAAUAUCGGUUGUGAGUGGGCUUGGGAAAAAGCUGAAGACAAUGAUGGACGAUUUCCAGGCAUUGAGAUCGAGAAUGCAGGCAGAGUAUAAGGAGACAAUUGAGAGGAGAUAUUUCACUAUAACUGGGGUGAAGGCUAGUGAGGAUUUGGUUGAUGAUCUGAUAUCGAAUGGGGAAAGUGAAAGUUUUCUGCAGAAGGCGAUUCAGGAACAGGGGAGGGGACAGAUUUUGGACACGAUAUCGGAGAUUCAAGAAAGGCAUGAUGCUGUGAAGGAUAUAGAGAAGAAUUUGAUUGAGUUGCAUCAGGUGUUUAUGGAUAUGGCUGCGUUGGUGGAGGCGCAGGGGCAACAGCUGAAUGAUAUUGAGAGCCAUGUUCAGCAUGCGAGUUCGUUUGUUCGAAGGGGGACGGAGCAAUUGGUCGAGGCGAGGGAGUAUCAGAAGAGCUCGAGGAAAUGGACUUGUAUUGCGGUGGCUUUGGCUAUUUGUUUGGUUCUUCUUCUUCUUUUCCCUAUUCUUGUUAACCUUAUGAUCAUCAAGCUCUAG